CCACAAUGAGUCGUGGUUGAACCAAGAAGAUCAAGGCUACAAGCAGCAGAAAUGAGGAACGUGAGAUGAACUCGGUGAAACCACAAGGUGUCGCUGAGAUUCGCGCUCCGGAACUUGGCUGGCUCCAUCAACAGGUGCCCCCCUCCCUCCCUCCUGUCAUCAGUCUGGACCACAGAGGAACCUGCAGCGCUCCCUCAUUGAAAUUCCGGGUCCGUCCACUCGGUCGGUGGGUGGUACCGGCGUCAUCCCCGCCUCCUCGCAGCCCCAGCCUCCCGCCAGUGUGGAUCGCCGUGGACCCAGCCACCGUCAGCCGCUUCACGCGCUCAAAUCCACGCCGGGGACCAGAGAGACGGUGGCGGCUGGCGCUGCGACUCUCCCCGCAGCUUGUCCGCCUCUCGAGCUCCUUGCUGCGGCUCGUGAUUGUGACAGUCCCCGCUGGAGGCUGGAGACUUGUGGGUGCUGCGAGGCGGGAGCAGGGCGCUUCUCUCCCGGAUACCCGGCGUUACAGCGCACCUUGCGUCAUUGAGAACCAUGAGCACUGUGGAGGAGGAGCCGGACCACAUGAUACCAUGAAGACAAGCCUGCAGGUCCUGCGCUGCCAGCUGCUGAGUGUUGUAGCCUUCCUCGCGCUGCCAGCAGGACUGGCGUCAUCAGCACAGGAUCCGUUCUCCACACGUACAUCCCAGGACUCGGUCGCUAUGGCGACCAUCCAAACCACCCCCGCAGCGUUGAAGCCAGACUGGCACCAGGAAGGCUCCAGCAGCGGGCAGUGGUCAGCCCAAGGCGUUCCGGCGAACAUCAUGCUCCCUGCCAGUGUUCCCUCUGCUCCUCCUGGUUCCCAGCUGGUUCCUCAGGUCCAGGUUCCGGUCACGGUCAGCAGUGUCCACGCCAGUGGCACAGUGAGCGCUGGGGCUCUCCAGUCCGGCGCCGGGUCUGGCCGAGGAGACACGCUAGCACCAGAACUCUUGAGCGGCGAGGCCGCCUCAGACGCUCCAGGUCUACUGCCCGCUGCGCUGGUGCGUGAGGAGCUACGCUUGAAACUCAGGGAGAACGCACAUCAUCACGCCAUCACCCUGCGGGAGGUGAGCGCACACCUGUUGGAGCCCCCUACUGGUCCGCUGGUGGUAGAGCCGGACGUUCUGGAUCCAGUCAAGAACUCGACAGACAACCACAGCGUCACCACUCCCGCGUCAGAGCUCAGCCCACAGACUCUCACGGUUUCCCUCGACGAGCGCACGACGACCAACCGCGCCGACCCGGUUCACAGCACGCCUCAAGGUGGCCCCACUGAGAACGCCACCUUGGCAGGCAGCUGGCAAGUGAACGUGACUGCGUACGGAGGACUGCUGCCCAACAGCAGCUCCGCUCACCAGACGCCGGCUCAGGAGACCAAUCCUCCCUCCACAGCCAGCGGGAACUUUCUCAACAGGCAGGUACCUGCGACCACGCAGGACCCAUGGAGCCCACACAACAGCUCAGGACCCACUGUCGACCCCCCGCCGUCGCGCCUGACCAUCUGCCUCAGCCGCAUGGACUUGGUGUGGAUCGUGCUGGCCAUCAGCGUUCCGGUGUCCUCCUGCUCUGUGCUGCUGACCGUCUGCUGCAUGCGGAGGAGGAAGAAGUCGUCGGGUCAGGAGAACAACCUGAGCUACUGGAACAACGCCAUCACCAUGGACUACUUCAGCCGGCACGCCGUGGAGCUCCCCAAAGAGAUCCACACCCUGGAGAGCGAGGAGCACGACACGUGUCUGCCUCCGAAUGGAGACUACGGCGGCAGCAGCAUGGUCCUGGUCAACCCCUUCUGCCAGGAGACCCUCUUCAUCAACAGAGAGAAGGCGUCUGCCAUCUAGAGCGGCUCACAUCAAGACUAUCAGGAACUCCACUCGCUGUCAAACACACCGUCUGCCACGACGGCCUAUUUUUCUGAUGUACAUUUUCUACCGAGAGAAAAUAUCAUAAUUGUGAUAAAGGUUUUUAUGUCUUUAUAUAUAAACUACACAACACGCUUUCUUGAUUUUCCUGCUGCGACACGUAGACAACCCCCAAAUACUCUGAAGCCUGGCUAACUUGAAUGGCAGUGUGUGUGUGUGUGUGUGUGUGUGAGAGACCAUGGCCUGUGUUUAUCAAACAUCUGGAGCAGCUGGAGGUGGACCACUGUUUUUUGCCCACAAAUUCAGAAUCAGAAAACUUUAUUAAUCCCAAGGGAAACUGUGUUCGUAACAUGCUCUGUACACAACGUAUCACAAUAAAUUAAAAAGAAAUAAUAUUAUAAAGUGCAAAAAACGCGAUACAAAAGAGCUUAGAAACCAAUGUGCAAGAAAAUACAAAAAAACGUGGCCAGAAUCCUUCAUUAUAAUUUUUUCAGGGAUGAAUGGUACAGUUUUAUUGCCACAGGGAGAAAGGAGCUUCUGUGGCGCUCGGUCUUUGAGUUGGGUCGUCUCAGUCUGUUGGUCCAUGUGCUACUGUAUUGGACCAGGAGCAGAUGGAGGGGGUGGGUGAUGUUGUCCAGGAUGCUCCUUAGUUUCAGUUUAGCAUCCUUCAUUCCAUAACCGUCUCCAUUGCGGAUGAGUCUGUUAGUGUCCGCCACUGUUCAUCUGCUGCCCCAGCAAACCACACUGAACAGAAUCGCACUGGACACCACUGACUCACAAAACGUCCUCAGCAUUGCCCCGCGGAUGUUGAAGGACCUGAGCCUGAGCCUCCUCAAGAAGAAACCUCACUCUUCUUCUCACGCCUCUGAAGACCUCCACCUUCUCUGAUGGUAGUUGUUGUUGGUUCAAAGGGCCACUUGAGUUUCUAGGGCCACAGCCUCAGCUCUUCAGAGUUUUCCUCGUGUCUGACCACUCCUCCAGAAGCUCAGUUCUGAGGGUUGGAAGUCAAGGUUACCACUCCAUGACUCAGCCAGGUUCCUCCACUCCAAACUCACCCAGGCCUUCACGGCCAGGUGCAACCAAUAGGUUGGGAGCAAGAUCGUCCAAAAUCUCAUGGUCCCUUCACCUAUCCCGUGUGGAUCUGCGGCUUGGAUGCAGCUCCCUGACCCUUCUGUGGCGCGCUCUGCACACCGUUGAGCUAACAGGAAGGCCACAUGAGGUCUGCAGCCCUUUGGCCACCUCUUACUUGACCUUCUCAUUUGAGCUGGUGUCGCUUCCACUAUGUCACGAGCCCCAGUCAGGAUCACCUACCCCCCACCCGAUGAGUGUGGCAAGACCGAGACCAUGGCCAAACUGAGUCCAGAAUUCAAUUCAGUUUGGUCUUGGUCUUGGUGUCUGUCUUGAUAUUGGUGUCGGUCUUGAUCUUGGUCUUGGCCUCGGCCUCGGCCCCUCACUGGUCUCAGUC